AUUUCAUUCCUCGGCUGCAAUCGCUACCGAAAGCACGUCUCUCUUGAUAACAUAAGUUCCUAAACUUAAACUAUCAGUUCCAGCGACAAGACAGAUGAAAAUGAAGAUUUUUCUUCUUCUGCUGCUGCUGCUGGGAGCAGUGAUACACAGCACUGAUGCUGUGACCCACUCGCUGCAGUAUUUUUACACGGCAUCUACUGGCAUGGAACAAUUCCCACAAUUUGUUGCAGUGGGUAUAGUGGAUGGUCAGCAGAUUGAUUAUUACGACAGUGUGUCUGAGAAGAACGUGUUGAAGCAGACAUGGAUGGAAGGAGUUCGAGAUGAGAAGACAAUCACAGAUAUUAGAAAAGGACUUCAGCAAUCCUUUAAGGCCAAUGUUGGAGUGGUAAUGCAGCGGUUCAAUCAAACAGCAGGUGUUCACAUUGUCCAGUGGAUGUACAGCUGUGAGUUUGAUGAUGAGACUCAAAAGGUCACUGGCUAUGAACAAUAUGGCUACGAUGGGGAAGACUUCCUAUCAUUGGACAUGGAGACAAACACAUUUAUUGCUCCAAAACAACAGGCUGUAAUUACUCAAAACAAAUGGAACCGUGACAAAGCUCUGCUGGAGUACAAAAAUAAUUACUUCAACCAGGAAUGUCCUGAGUCGCUGAAGAAAUAUGUCAACUAUGGGAGAAACUCUCUGAUGAGAACAGAUCGUCCAUCAGUUUCUCUCCUCCAGAAGUCGUCCUCCUCUCCAGUCAGCUGCUUCGCUUCAGGUUUCUAUCCUAACAGAGCUGAAAUGUUCUGGAGGAAAGAUGGAGAGGAGAUUCAUGAUGGUGUGGAGAAAGGAGAGAUCAAGCCCAACAAUGAUGGGACCUUCCAGACGAAUGUUAACAUCGAUCUGUCAUCUGUCCCAACUGGAGACUGGAACAAGUAUGAAUGUGUGUUUCAGCUCUCUGGAGUCGAUGAAGACAUCACCACAAGACUGGAGAAAACAAGAAUCUUGAUCAAUGAAUCAAAUACCAUCAAUUUGAUCAUCCCUGUUGUUGUUGCUGCGGCUGUUCUUGGUCUCAUUGCUGUGAUUGGAUUCAUUAUUUACAAGAAGAGAAACGCCAAGCGUCCACCAUCUCCUGUGGUAAACGGUCAGGCUCCAGAGGAAACCAAGUUUCUUCCACAAGCAUGAAAAUGCAGAAACAGACCAACA